AUGUCACUCACUUACGAAACCGUCGCACUCCAAGUCCAAGGGGUCAACCUCGAGGCUUCUACAGUUCACAGUUUAACAUCUAAACCUCCAAUUUUAUUCUUGCAUGGCUUUGGGUCCUGCAAAGAAGACCUGGCAGAUGUACAUCUCCACCCGUAUCUGAAACAUCACGGUUAUAUCGCAUAUGAUGCGCCAGGUUGCGGCCAUACCAAGAGCGAUAAACUCUCCGCCACCGAUAUACCUUUCCUUGUCGCUACUGCAGAAGCGUUUCUGGAACACUUCAAAAUCACUCGCUUCCAUUUGAUGGGCCACUCUAUGGGUGGGCUCACAGCGCUCUACCUGGCGCACCGCAACCCUGACCGGGUACUGAGCUUUGUGGAUAUCAAGGGCAAUUUGGCCCCGGAAGACUGUUUCCUCAGCAGACAAAUAUUCACAUUCAAGUCAGAUGACCCUGAGGACUUCUUCGACGCCUUCAUCGACCGGACCCGAACCAGUGGAUCUUACGGAAGUGCCUUAUAUGCGAGCACUCUUCGGGCACGAGUUCGUGUCGAAGCGGUUCGACCAAUUUUCGAAUCAAUGGUACAUUUAUCUGAUGAGGCAGAUCUGCUGGGGAUGUUCCUUGGGCUGCCUUUCCCACGAAUGUUCAUGUUCGGAUGGGAGAUGAGAGGGUUGUCGUAUCUCGAACGACUAAAGAAGGGGGGGUGUGGAAUUAGCGCAGAUCGAAGAGUGUGGUCAUUUUCCCAUGUACUCCAGCCCGCUGGAGAUGCAUCGACAGAUUUCGAUAUUUCUAGAUAG